CAAGCUCACUGUCUUCAUAUGCGCGACUCGUCAGUCGCGUUCGAGACUGCACCAUCUUUUUAACAUCGACCUCUUCAACUGCUCCUCUGCCGCCUGGACAUCGACACCCGCUUGAUGGCCGUCUAGAACGCGCACUCCCGACAGCGCUCUACCACUUCAACGCCUCACUCGACCCUCGCGCAUCGCGUCUCGCUUUCCCAAGUCGCCGGCCGCCGUCAUGGCCACCAACGGCAUCCUUAAUGGUCACUCCGAGGCCAACGGCGCGAUCGAGUCCAAGCGCUUCUCGGAUAUUCCCGGCGUCAUCGAUGUCACCGUGUCCGAAGGAGACGUUGUCGAACAAGUUGAAUUGGACCUUACGGACUUGGCCGACGAUCCCACCGAGCUCUGCAUCUUGCUGGAAAACGAAAGCGUCGUAAAAUCCACAUGGAUGACCAUUGCCUUGGCAUAUGCGAAGCAGCGCAAGGUCACCGUGGCCAUUGACGUCUUGCGGAAGGCUCUGGAUGCGUUUACUCGGGGAUCUGCUGACGAGAAGUUGAGCAUUCUGAGCGCUCUCUUUUGGUUGCAUCUUUGGAAGUGUCGCGAGGCGCCCCGCGUAAAACCAGACGGAGCUACAGACGUCAAGACAAAGGAAGCUUGGAUUCAGGCAGCAACCAGCAACCUCAACGAUGCGUCGCGUAUCAGUCCUUCAUACCCUCCCCUUUUCCUUGCGCGAGGAGUCCUCUAUUUGCUGCGGGCGUCACUGUUGCCCCCCUCCAAGUCCGGUCAAGACAACUCUGAGCGUAUCGAUGCGCUGCGCCAGGCCGCAAAGUGCUUCGAUGACUCGCUAAGGGCAUACGGUGGUAAGAACUUAAUGGCUACUCUCGGCAAGGCCAGAGUGUUGUAUUCCAUGGGCAAGUACGGCGAUUCCUUGCAAGCCUACCAGUCUGUUUUGGAACGUGCUCCGGAUCUCGUCGACCCGGACCCAAGGAUCGGUAUCGGAUGCUGCCUCUGGCAGUUGGGGCACAAAGACGAUGCAAAGAGUGCUUGGCAGAGAUCACUCGAACUAUGCCCCGACUCUAAAACUCCUAACAUAUUGCUCGGACUCUAUCAUCUCAAUGUUUCCUCGCAGUAUCCUACUACCGAUCCCGCUUUUGCUCCGAUCUACAAGAAGGCCAUGACACAGUACACCCAACAAGCCUUCAAACUAGACGACAAGUUUCCGCUUACCUGUGCCACCUUUGGCGGCUACUUCCUCAUGAGGAAAGCCAUGACCCAAGUCGAAAGGCUUUCCCGCAGAGCUAUUGAAUUGACAGAUGUCAAUGCAAUCGCCAGUGAUGGCUGGUACCUACUUGCCCGCAAAGAGCAUUAUGAGAACGAAAUUUCAAAGGCCAAUGAGUUUUACCUCAAGGCCGACCAAGCCCGUGGUGGAGAUGAGCGGGGCUACCUUCCGGCAAAGUUUGGGGCUGCUCAGAUUCGCGUUUUGAUGCAGGAUUUUGAUGGUGCCAAGUUCCGCUUGGAAAAGAUCAUCCAACAUUCGAAGAGUCUUGAGGCCAUGACACUUCUCGGCACACUCUACGCCGAAGAGGUAUUCUCCGCUCAAAUUUCGAACUCCAAAGAAGACAAAUCGAGCGAGUUGAAGAAGGCCGUCUCUUUACUUGAAAACGUCCGGACGUCAUGGCGAGAUCCCAAGCGUAAGGUUUCUCCUGACUCCGCGGUUCUGUUAAACCUGGCCCGCUUGUAUGAGACCGACCACCCGGAAAAGAGUCUUGAAUGCCUGCAACAGGUCGAACAGAUGGAAAUUGAUGAAAUUCCCGAGGACGAGCGGCCAGAAGACAUCGAGGAUAAAGAAGCCAUGCGAGCGGCCUUGCGUGAGAACCUGCCUCCCCAGCUGCUCAACAACAUGGGUUGCUUCUAUUAUCAAUCCGAGAAAUUCGGUCAAGCUCGGGAUCUAUUCCAGUCCGCACUGAACGCGUGUAUCAAAGUACAAGAGAAGGACAAGGAUGUCGAUACUGAUGCUUUGGUCACAACCAUCAGUUACAGUUUGGCUAGGACAUACGAAGCCGAGGGUAUGAUGGAUGAGGCGAAGAAGGUCUACCAAGGUCUUCUAGAACGCCAUGCUGACUACGUUGAUGCCAACACGCGGCUCACUUACAUCAAGCUCCGUCAAAACCCACAAGACGAAGGUCCUAAAGCCAUGUCUGAACUCUAUAAAGCUGAGCCCUCGAAUCUCGAGGUUCGGUCUUUGUAUGGCUGGUAUCUCAGCAAAGCGAAAAAGCGGACGCAGAACAUCAACGAGGAUCAAGAGCAACGUCACUACAAACACACGCUCCAGCAGUACGACAAGCACGACCGGUACUCUCUGACAGGCAUGGGCAACAUCUAUCUCGCAAUUGCGCGCGAGAUGCGGAGAGAUACGGACCAAGAAAAGGAGAAGCGCCGGAAGAUGUACGAGAAAUCUGUUGAAUUCUUCGACAAGGCUCUGCAGCUGGAUCCUCGCAACGCAUUUGCCGCCCAAGGUAUUGCGAUUGCCGUAAUUGAAGACAAAAAGGACUACGCUACCGGUGUCCAAAUUUUGACCAAGGUCAAGGAAACCUUGAAGGACGCCAGCGUCUUCAUCAACCUUGGCCAUGUCUACACUGAGCUCAAACAGUACUCGAGAGCUAUUGAAAACUACGAAGCAGCUCUGUCUAAAGACCGGGCCCGAGACCCCACUAUCUUGGCCUGUCUUGGACGGGUUUGGCUGUUGAAAGGAAAGCAGGAGAAGAACGUCCAGUCGAUGAAAACGUCACUGGACUUCUCCAUGCGGGCUCUUGAAGUUGCGCCGGAACAGAUUCAUUUCAAGUUCAACGUUGCCUUCGUCCAGAUCCAGAUCGCACAAUUGAUCUAUACGCUUCCUGAAAAUGUUCGGACGUUAGAAGAAGUUGAGGCUGCCGCCAAAGGCCUUGACGCAGCCAUCGAGGCUUUCAGUGCUAUCGCCAAAUCUCCUAACCCACCUUUCCCUCGCAACGACAUCGAAGCGCGUGCAAACAUGGGUCGUAACACGAUGCGCAAGCAACUCGACCGUGCAGUCCAGAACCAGCGCGAGUACGAGGAGAAGAACGCCAACAAAUUACAGGAAGCACGCAAGAAGCGCGAUGCUGAGAUUCAAAAACGCGAAGAUGAGAAGCGUAAGGCCCUGGAAGUCGAAGAGGAGCGCAAACGCAAGAUUCUUGAGGAGCGUGAGAGGAUCCAGGAGCGCGACCGCGAGCUCGCGCUCAGGCGCAUCGAGGAAGAUCGUAAGAAAGAAGAUGCAGAGAUGACCACCGACUCAGAGACUGGAGAAAAGAGGAAGCGGGCCAAGCGCAGAGGCGGCGGUGGUGGCAAGCGUAAGAAGAAGGGUGAGGACACAGAAAGCGAGGGAGAGGGCAGUGGCUCCGACACAGGCCGUAAGUCGAAACGGAGGUCAAGGCGUGCUAGCACAGCUACCUCAGCGACACCUGGCGGUUCUGAUGACGAGAAGCCGCGGAAGAAGAAGAAGAGAAAGCUUGAACGCAAGACUACCCAGUCGAGCAAGUUCAAGUCCAGCCAGUUUAUCCAUGACAGCGACGAUGACGACGCUGAGGUGGCCAAUGAGGAUUCGGCUGCCAAGGUCAACGACGCCGAGGAUGCAGAAAUGGACAAGGGCGGAGAUGAGGAAAGCGCUCCCAGGCAGCGUAAAAGCGCUAGAGUUGUGGAUGACGACGAAGACGAGGAUGCGGACGAAGCCGCACCAUCCGCGCCGAACGGUGAGCCGGAAGAUACCCCGAUGGCGGAGGCGCCUGCCGAUAGUGCACCGUCACCCGGGGAUGAGUAGAUUGCGCGAUUUGUUUAGGGAGCACUUUGGGUUGUGCUGGCAGGGCAUUGAAUCUAUGGCUUGUGCAUGAGCAUCGGCGUUCGGAGGAGAAUUCCACAGGCGCGACUAGUUGCGCGCCGAUUUCUAGCAAGAAAUAUGAAAUCACUGGGGUUGAGUGAAUGACGUGUAGCUGUAGGAUAGCCUCGAAGUUCUUUAAUCCUAUUCCUUCAGCCCUGCUGCGUCUCGUAUUAUGUUAGUUGCGCUCAUUGAGACGCGGGGGAUGCAAACAACAGAUAGUUGCGUAGUUGUUUUGUUGAAGGAAGUAUGUCCCGCCUGGUUCUUAUUUGCUAAGACAACUGUCA